AUGCCCUACAUAAAUGUAGUAUUGUUGUUUUUGGCCACAUGUACAAUAUCUGCAAGUCAAUCUGACAAUAAUUUCGAUGCAAAAUAUAAAUUAAUGGAACAAUUUUUAACGGCCAAAAAUCUAGACACUGCUCUUUUGUACACGUGUUGGUCACUGCCAGAUCGAAUAAAGCAUAUGGAAAAAUUCAAAGAAAAAAAAAUAGCGGUCUUAUACCGCAAUAAAGAAGAUUUUUAUGGAAAUUUGAAAUUGGAUGAAUUGUUCACAAUAACACUGUACUCUCCUUUGCUAGGAAUAAUUGUUGAUUGGUCAUGUGAUGAUGACUCACUAUUUAAGUUUUCAGAAAGUUGGUUAUGGAAUGCAAGUUAUCAUUGGCUUAUGGUAAUGAGUGAAAAAUCAAAUAACAACAUUCAAGGUUUUUUAACAUCAAAAAAUAUAAACCUCACUAUCAGUAGUGAAAUUUUAUUAGCAUAUCCUAAUGUGAUGGAUGACAUUAUUACUAAUUGGCAUAUUUUUGACAUUUAUCGUACAGCUUUCGAACCAAGAGGAAAACUAAUGAUUGAUGCUGUAAAUAAAACUUUUGGUAUAUGGGGGAACCGAUUAUGGAAAUUUGAUAAAAGAUCAAAUUUACAAAAUUUAACGUUAAAUGUUGUUACUAUAGGCAACCCAUACGGCGCCUUGGCUAAUAAAAAUGGCACGGAUAUUAAACCAUCUAGUGAAGAACUGGUUAAAUAUUUAAAGACGUUUAAUUUGGAUCGCUUAAACUCCGUACAAAAAUUUAGCUUUGCCAUAAUGUAUCCGUUGACGAGAAUUUUACUAAAUAUGACAUUGAAAAUUCAAACGACGAAUUCGUGGGGUUACAAGGUUAAUAACAAAUGGGACGGAAUAGUUGGACUGUUGAUGUCCGGAGAAGCCGAUUUUUCUAUAAGCAUAAAUGCGUUGAGGUCUGAAAGAUAUGAAGUCGUCGAUUACUCUGCUAUUUCCACUUGGAAGCAUUUACCUUGUUUCAUCUUCCGUCAUCCACGAUCGUCUACGGCGUCAACGAACAUAUUCUUACGUCCGUUCGAAACAACCGUUUGGUUAUCGAUAAUAUGUAUAGUGAUAUUGUCUGGACUUGUUUAUUGUACAAUCGUGCAUUAUGAAUCGAAUCAAACGUUCUCGUUGAGAGUAUUAAGUGACAUCGUCCUCUUAAAGAUCGGCACGUUAUGUCAACAAGGUACAGUCAUGGAACCUACGAAAUUCAGCAAUAGGCUAAUUGUCAUUUUAAUGUUUGUGUUCAGUUUGGUUACGUAUCAGUUUUAUUCAUCGAGUAUUGUCUCCGGGCUAUUGCGCCCGACUGUAAUGAAUAUUGAUUCGGUUCAAAAACUUGAAGAAAGCGGAUUAGACGUUGGCGUUGAAGAUUUCAAUAUUGUUACUAAAGUGAUUGAAGUAUACGGAGAAAUUAAUCCGUUUUUGAAAAAAAUUGUCGACAAUAAAAUUAAACCAAAAUCAGAGUAUCUAUUAGCUAAAGAUGGAGUCAAAAAAAUUAAAAAAGGUCACUAUGCGUUUUUCACCGAUCCGGCGACUAGUUAUUGGUUAAUAAACGACAUUUUCACCGAGAAGGAAAAAUGUGAUUUAUCGGAAUUGCCACUCCACAGACAUGAAACUACUGGUUACUUGGUUCAGAAAAAUUCUCCAUACAGAAAAUUAAUCAACUAUGCAAAUGUUAUUUUAUUGGAAACUGGACUUAUGCAAAGAGAACUCAGUAUAUGGCAUGCUGAAAAACCAAAAUGCACCGCUGGGAAAACUACAACCGAAGAAUCUUUAGUUAGCGUAGAAAUUAAAGACAUAGCAUCACUCAUAGCUUUUCUGAUCAUCGGGUUUAUUGGUUCUUUCACAAUUCUAGUACUGGAAAUAAUUGUACAUCGCCAUGAAACAACAAUUACAGCUAUCUUAAUAAAAAACCGAAACACCUAUUCAUCUAAAAUAUAA